AAAGCUGCAGGCAGGCGGGCAGGAAGUAUCCGGGUAUUGGUUAAUCAGGUUGUGUGAGUUGAGUGGCCACACGGCGUCUUUCACGUUGACGAAACUUCACGGCUUGGAUGUUUGUUUUGGGCGUCGAUACGCAACGUAAGAGAAACAACGUGGGUGAAUGUGAUAAAUAGGAGCGCGUGGAAGUGAGGAUGGGAGCUCUGCUGUCUCGCAUGGGAGCGAUCGAGCUGAGGAGAGAGGAGGGAGCCCGAGGUGAAACUUACAACAUGCUGCUGGAGACUGAAGCCACGCUGCGCUUUCAGCGCGCCCUGAAGCGCGAGCUCUACUUCGCGCGCGCCGCUGUGCUCGUCCUCGUGCUGGUGCUGGUGCUCGUGCUGUCGCUGGGCUUCUGCCUGUUGUUCUACAUAGAGUUUCCCGCGUGCAAGGACAAAGGACACGACAGCAGGGCAAAUAUAGAUCAAGAUCACCACACCGCCAGCAGAUUGCGAUCCGACCCCAAGCAACCCUGCUUAGAUCUUCAGAAUGAAACUCAAAAUCACCAGCAAGAUGAUAUCUCUGAGCCUAAGCCACCACCCUCGGCUUAUCUGAUAGCUGACUGCCUCACCAAUUCAGCGCAAAAUGAAGACAACGUCACAUGGGGUUUAAGACUGGAAUUGGUUGAUUUCAAAAUACAAGACAGCAAGUCUUUGAUUGUUCCUGAAAAUGGGAUGUACAGAAUUUCACUGCAGAUUACCUACAGAAACGGAGAAAGUAAAAAAGACAGUGAAGAAGAUAAGCCAGAACAUAUUUUGCUCUCCCACAAAGUUCUGGUGUACCAAACAGGGUACAGUAACAAGCCCAGACCUGUCGUGGAAGCCUACGAAUUCGUCUACUGGCAAAACUUUGAAUGGUAUAAAACAAAGUACUCUGAAAAUGACUUCAUAAUGAAUAAGGGGGACAUAAUCAUGGUGGUGUCCUCCAACCCCUCCUUCAUAAAAUGUGGUGUUACAUCCUUCCUCACUGUCCGUCACGUGCCCACGGGUUAGGCGUAGUGUUAGUGACAGGGUUGUGUAUAGCUUCUUUUUUUCAUGUAGCUUAGUCUUUCACCACUUGUACAUAGCUUGUAUUUUUCUGUCCUUUAAUACUUAAGCAUGUAUAGUGAGAUUGCUAUCCUAUUGGAGUGGAACAGGAUAACUUUAGAUGUUGGAUUUUCUCAUCCUGCUGUAAUUUUGUUUGCCUUUUUUUCUCACUUGUAUUUCAUUGAAACAUGUGGAGAAAGAUUCUUUUAGAACAGUGGUUCUCAAAGCAUGGUUGUACUCGAAACAUCCCAAGGUAUAUGAUACUACAGUGGAUGACCUCAGAAAAAAAAAACUGCUUGCAUUAAAAUAUUAUAGACUGAAUAUUUUGAUGCAAGCAGUUUACCUAACGUUACAGUUGUUUGUUUUUAGUGUUCUACCCUUUGGAACAUGUAUGAAAGCCCACAUUUUAAGUCUUCACUUCUUUAGGGCUACUAGAUUUAUUGACCCUAGAGUAAAACCCUGUGGAACACCACACGAUAUGCUAUAUCAACAAAUCACCAAUACUUUUGUUUUUUACAACUGCUAAGAAGCGUUUAACAGUACUUUGGCUACUUUUUGUAAACUCUAAAUACAUCAACAUGCUUACCUCAUAAAAUUAACCAAAUAGUUUAUUUUCUGCACAAAAGACUGUUUUUUUUUGUUGUCACAUCUUAAAAAUCUGGAUCAUGUUGAGUACUCCCUCAGAUCCUGUAUAUUGGUGCUACUCCCGCGUUCGUUUUCAAUGGGAAAACAAAAAGACUGGAUACCUGGAGGUGCACCUCACAAUUUAUUUGUACAGAGACCUCUAGGGACCACCUCCACUUACAAGGAGUUAAAAUGAAAUAGUCUGAAGAGUAUUUCACAGACACAAGCAUUUAUAGACAAACCACACCUCAAGGUCACAGAGGAAGGCACCCUAGACAGUUCCCUAAAAAACUGGUUCUAACUGGUCUUGAUCAGAAGUUGUCUCUCAAUUCGUCCAUCGUCAUUUAUGACCCAACAUCGCAAUGGAUGGUAACCAUCGCGAUGCCACGCCCACUUUUUUGUUUUUCCAGAAACAUGCACUGACCUUCUUUAGGUCUCCUUAACCUAAAUCUUUAGCAGGGAUUGUACGGAAAAAUGAUCAAAUCAGGUAUAUAACUUAUAUGAAUUAGUGUCUAAUUGGCAUAUUAUUAUAUUAUUUAUUAUUAUUCUAUUAUUAUUAAGAUAUCAUUAUUUAUAUCUAGGUUACAGCUUGUCUUCAUUUUUUUCUGCAUGUCUGUAUUAAUUUUCAACAUUUCAUGUUAUUCAAGCAAAUAGAAUAAGCCUGCUCGUUGUGCGUCGGGAAACUUGCUCAUUGUCAACCAGUGUUGGGCACGUUCCUUUGAAAAAGUAAAUAGUUAUAUUUACUAGUUACUUCUCCAAAAAAGUAACUGAGUUACUAACUGAGUUACCCCACUAUAAAAGUAACUAGUUACCAGUAAAAGUAACUAUUGACUUACCUUUGUUACUCGCCUUUAAAAAAUGUACAAAAGAAAAUAAAUGAUGUAAUUUCUAUUAUUAUUACAAAAAUAACAAACGAAAAUAAACCCAAAAUGUUGACAAAUAUAAUCUAACGAAUUUCAAAACAUAGAAACGAAAAACGUUAAAAUGGUAUUAAUAUAACAGUUUAACAGCUGGAUCAAACAGUUAUAAGGAUUUAGCGUCAGUCAUAAGAAAAGCGUGUGCGGCAUUGCGAUUUAAAAAAAAAACAAAAAACAUUUUAAUAAAUAAGGUCCUGUCAGGUGUAGUAAAAUGUAUGAUAUUCAAUGGUAUUAAAUUCACAUUCACAUUUAUUGAUAUUUAAUCAAGAGAAAUCAGACAAAAAGCGCCGCGCUGCGCUCUCUCUCUCUCUCUCUCUCUCUCUCUCUCUUUCGCAGCGCAGAGCUGAAUUCAGCGCGAGGCUACAAAUAAUAUAACAACUCAGUUUAGUUAAAUAAAUUACGAUGGGUGAGGACCUGUAAAUUUAAUUGAAUAUUGUCCAAAAAUUUAAAAUUAAAGUACAUAAACACAAAAUUUUUUUGUUUACUCUAAACACUAAACCAAAUAUUACUAAAUACUAAAUAUUCCUCUUCUAUGUCCUGGUUUAACAAAACCUUGUCCUGGACUAACUAUUCCUCUCCCUUCACCCAGAAACAAUUAAUUUAUUAUUUUCUUUCUCUUUCUGCUCUUAUAGCUAGCUACACAUGCCACACUCAGUCCAAUAAAAUCCCCCUUUUGUAUAUGUCUCAUGCUAAGACAAGAACCAGCUGUGGUUGUCUUAUCAUAGCCUUUUAUUUAUUAUUUAUAAUCUGUACCCCAAAAAUUGUUUAUCAGUUUCAGUAGUUAUUUAAUGUAGUUAAAGAUUGAAACACAAGGUAUUUAAUUCUAUUAUGCUGUCUGCAAUCAAUUGUAAAUAAGAUAAUAAAGAUCCAGAACUGUAUUAGUGGGUAAUAUUGUUUGUUUGUAAAAUGUAUCCAUGUUUUAAACAUGCUAAUUGAAAACAUAUUGUGUGAUAACAGCAUGAAUUUAGAGUUUUAUAAAUGCGACUACAUAUCAGAUAAAAGCACACUGAUUGUUGUAAAAAACAGUUAAAUAAGGUAGUAAGUUCACUGCUUGAAAAACAUAUUUUCCUUUGAAAACCACUGUUUAUAAGAACUUCCCACAUCAGAGUUUGUAACAAGAAUUUUUUAAGCUAUUUUAUAAUAUUGUUUUUUAUGUAGUAAUAGUAAUGUAAAGGUAUUUAAUUGUGUACAGUUGUGGUUUAUAAAAAAAUAAGCAUGCGUCACAGUUUUUAUAAAAUAUUCUCAUUUAUUGACGUUUAACAAAAAAAAAAACACAUAAAAACAGAUGCAGUCUGUAAAUGUAAAUGUAGAGGUACAGGUAAUCAAACAUGUAAUCACAUAAAUCCAAUUCAAUUGAACUAGCAGUGCACCGAAUAGUUUGCAGCUGAAAUGUGUCGAAAAAUGGUGUUUUUGCUGUUUGUCUGAAUAAGUGAAAAGACCAAUAAUAUAUUCCAAACAAUUACUAGUUUAUUUUAAGUCGUAUAUUCAGUGUUCAAUUAAUAUUUGUGAAACUGUAGUUUUGUAUUACACAAAAUAUACUUUUAGACUAUUUAACGUAUUUAAUUGUAAACAAAGUGGCAAAAAAAAAUUUGGUUUAGUUUUAGUUUAAACCAAUUUUUUUGGUGCAUCAUUAAUCUGUACAAGGCAAUACUGCAGAAGUAGCUCUUGACCUCUUGACCUAACUGAGGUCAAUAUCUUAUCAAUACCUAACUUUUCAAUAUCAUUUUACUCUCAACCACUGUCUGAACAUAGAGAUCAGAUCUGGUUGCAUAUCUACAUUGGUUACUGUCAACAACAGUCUAAACAGUCUGAUCAGAUUUGGACAUGUUUCCAGUGUAGGACUGUAGAGAAGUGGCUCAGAUUGUUAAUUAGAACACUAUGUAUUAUUCUGUUGAUAUUGUUGUAUAUGGUCAGUUUAUAUAUGCUAUAUUUUAUGUUGUAAUGAGAAUUGUGUAUUAAAUAAACAUGUUAAACAAUA